AUGAGCAGCCUCGCCCUCGCGUACGCAGCCUUCUGCCACAAGAAGACGACCGAGCCGAUCCCCGAGGCCAAGACGAUCUUCGAGAAACACGGAGUGCAUCUGCAUGUCGACAACCUCGACCCGGAAGAGCUGCGCGUGCUCUUUGACUUUAUUGCCAAGACGACGACGCUCCAGCAUGCGCGCAUCUUUCUCGGGCGCGUGCCCAUGAAGCGAGCGCUGCGCACCAAGCUCCUGCGCAUGGGCUUGGACGAGCCAUAUGCGAUGCAGCCUCUUGGGCACAUGCGCAUCGUGCGUAGCCUCAGCUCGAUGCUCUUGCAUGCCACGAGCCUCGUGUCGCUGGACCUCGUUGGCGUCCCGAUUGCGAGCGAGACGGUCCAGGACCUCGCCAAGGGGCUCAAGGCAGCGACGACGCUCGUCUCCAUCGACCUCUCCGAGUCCAAGCUCGGCGACGCCGGCCUCGAUCAGCUCGAGGACGCAUUGGCGACGCAGCCCCAGCUGUUGCACUUGAGUUUGGCGUCGUGCGAGCUCAGCGACAAGAGCGCCCGCGCCCUCUCGCGCAUCCUUCGCGUGCAGUGCCAGCGUCGCGACGAGACGUAUUGGAGCACGACGCUGCGCGGCCAGACAACACCCAUCCAGGGCGAGGGCUGCAUGCUCCUCAGCGUCGCCUCCAAUGCACUCGGCGAUGCGACGACCGAGGUGCUCUGCCAAGCUCUCUACAACGACAACUGGCUCUACGGCCUCAACUUGGCCGCCAAUGCAAUCGGACCCCGGGGUGUAUUGAACCUUGCCGAGGCGCUCCAAACCAACAGCACCUUGACGGUGCUUGUGCUCCGUGGCAACAGCGCGGCCGACGCCCGCGUCACGACGUUUGUGGACCGGAUGCUCCAGGACCGCGUCGAGCGCGCCACGUCAUCGAUGCACCACCCCAUGGAGCACCCGCUGCUCAAACGUGUGCUGCAGCAGUGGCGGGGUCCAGCUUCCGUGGUCCCCCCCGUCGCGCGCAAAAAAGUGCAUCGCCGCCCGCCGUCGCCGCCCAUGCCGUCGCCGUCGCCGUUGCGGCCACCACCGGCGCCGACACCGGUGCGCAGACCCCUCGUGGCGCGCAAGGUCACCUCGAUCUACGCCAACACAAAUGGGAAAUCAAAGCAGAAGAAAAAGAAGACGACGACAACCAAAGCCAGCGCUGGGAUCCUCCGCAAGGAACCGCUUCACCCGUCGCCAAGUCUGCCCCCGCCACCGCCAGGCAUCGGGGCCGCGGAAGCUUCGGCGCUCGACUUGCUCGUGGGGGCAACAAGUCCGGGCUUUCUGCGCUCGAACCAAGACGACACGGCACCGCCGCCCACGGCGCUGGACCCUCGCACGUUUGCUAAGUUGAUGGCCAAGAUCGAAGCCCUCGAAGCCGCGCAGGCGAGUGCGCAAGCCCACAUUGAUCGCCUCGAGGCCGACAACCAACGCCUCAAGCAGCAGCAGCAAAAGGCACGCCGGCCGUCGGUCGAGGCGAGCAUCAUCUCGGAGCUCGAAGCCGCCAUCAUUCGCUUGACGCAGCAGGUGCAGUACCUCGAAGCGGUGCGGGACGAGCAGCCACGUGCAAUGCCCCACGACGUGGCGUCGAAACUACCCGACGCAAUUGUGGACGAUUUGGCUGCACAGCUCAAGCUCAGCUUUGGAUUAACACCCUAG